GCCUUUCGCUUCUGCGCAUGCGCACUGACGAAUAGUUUAAAAUUAAAAAAUUGGGUUAUUUUCCGGCUGCUACUUGGGUAAAAAAGACAGGAAAAGAGAAAAGGAUUGGGUUCCUUUCGCUGAAAAAGUGAGCAGGCCCCGUUGGCCUUGCUCUGAUUGCCUUGAGUUCGGUUUUUGAAGAGAGCAAAACUGGGCAGCCAUGGCGAAUAUGAGCAGCAUGGGAGACCCUGGCCUCUCUCGGAUGAGCAUUGCAUCCCAGUUCUUUGCUGGAGAGGAGACUACUGGCAUAGACACCAUGACUACCUCAGAAAGGGUUGUGGAUUUGCUAAAUCAGGCAGCCUUAAUCAGCAAUGAAUCUAAAAUCACAAUCCUCAAGCAGGUCCAAGAACUGAUUAUAAACAAGGAUCCCACUUUGCUUGAUAAUUUCCUGGAUGAGAUCAUAGCUUUCCAGGCAGACAAGUCAGUCGAAGUCCGGAAGUUUGUCAUUGGGUUCAUAGAGGAAGCCUGCAAACGGGACACAGAGCUUUUGCUCAAGCUUAUUGCUAACUUGAACAUGUUGCUGAGGGAUGAAAAUGUCAACGUGGUGAAGAAGGCGAUCCUUGCCAUGACACAGUUGUAUAAGGUGGCACUGCAGUGGAUGGUGAAAUCCAGAGUCAUCAAUGACAUGCAAGAGGCUUGCUGGGAAAUGGUAUCAGCCAUGGCCAGUGAAAUUAUCCAGCUGCUGGACUCAGACAAUGACGGGAUCCGCACCCAUGCUGUCAAGUUUGUGGAGGGACUGAUCAUCACCCUUUCACCCCGCAUGCCAGAUUCGGAAGUGCCCAAGCGUCACGAGAAUGACAUCAGUCUUGACCGGGUUCCCACUGACCAUCCCUACAUCAAAUACAACAUUUUGUGGGAAGAAGGAAAAGCAGCCCUGGAGCAACUGCUGAAGUUCAUGGUGCAUCCAGCCAUCUCCAGCAUCAACCUGACUGCAGCAUUGGGCUCUCUGGCUUCCAUCGCCCGCCAGCGGCCCAUGUUCAUGUCAGAGGUGAUCCAGGCCUAUGAGACACUGCAUGCCAAUCUCCCCCCAACGCUGGCCAAGUCCCAGGUGAGCAGUGUGAGGAAGAAUCUCAAGCUCCACCUGCUGAGUGUCCUGAAGCACCCAGCAUCAGUGGAGUUCCAGGCCCAGAUCACCACCCUCCUGAUGGACCUGGGCACGCAGCAGGCUGAAAUCACCCGCAACAUGCCCAACCUGAAGGAAUUGCGCAAGCGCCCACGCGACGAGAGUGAUCCUGCCAUGAAGAAAAUGAAGAUUGAACCAUCCCUUGGGGAGGAUGAUGAGGAUAAAGACUUGGAGCAGGUGGCUGCCCCAAGCCCUAAGCCCUCCAUUCAAGUCAGUAUGCAGUCGGACAUCGACAUCACCGCUGAGUUUCUGCAGCCUCUUCUGACUUCAGAUAAUGUGGCCAACUUGGUGCUCAUCAGCAUGGUCUACCUACCUGAGAACAUGCCUGCUUCCUUCCAAGCAACCUACACACCAGUGGAAUCAGCUGGUACAGAAGUGCAGAUCAAACACCUUGCCCGGCUAAUGGCUACCCAGAUGACAGCAGCUGGGUUGGGACCUGGUGUGGAACAAAGCAAACUGGCCAAGGAGGCAAUAAAAGAAGAGAAAAUCGCCAAACCUGAAAGUGUGCUGAUCAAGCGACGCCUCUCUACGCUCAGCGCUGGCCAGGCUAUUUCGGUGGUGGGAGCUCAGGCCUCCACUUCCCCUACUGUUGCUGAGGCGGGGGCACCGCAGGCCAAACGACGCCCAGAACCCAUCAUCCCCUCCACCCAGCCCAGGUUGGCUGGUGCUGGUGGACGAAAGAAGAUUUUCCGCCUGAGCGAUGUGAUCAAGCCUCUGACGGACGUACAGAAGGGCAAGUUGAAGCUGGCAGCCUUGAAGCGGAUCCUGCGCUCAGAGAAGGCUGUGGCCUACAGCGGGGCUGCUCAGGCCCGUGUGAAAAUCCUCUCAGCCCUGGUGACCCAGUUUGAUGUCCCUCUGAAGCAUGAAGUGUUGACCUUCAUCCUAGAGGACAUCCGCAACCGAUUAGACCUGGCCUUUGCUUGGCUGUACCAGGAGUACAAUGCCUACCUGAGUCAGUAUCCCUCUGGCUCUCUCAACAAUUAUGACGAGUGUCUCAUCGGCCUGCUCUCUGGGCUUCAGGAGAAGCCGGAUCAAAAGGACGGGAUCUUCACUAAGUUAGUUCUUGAGGCCCCACUGAUCACUGAGAGUGCCUUGGAGGUGAUUCGGAAGUACUGUGAAGAUGAGAGCCGGACGUACCUGGGCAUGUCAACGCUUCGGGAUCUGAUCUUCAAACGUCCAGCUAGGCAGUUUGAGUACCUGCAUGUUCUCUUGGACCUCAGCUCCCAUGAGAAGGACAAAGUUCGCCAGCAAGCGCUCCUAUUCAUCAAGCGGAUGUAUGAGAAAGACCAACUGCGGGAAUAUGUGGAGAAGUUUGCCCUGAAUUACUUGCAGCUCCUGGUCCAUCCCAAUCCUCCCUCGGUCCUCUUUGGUGCUGACAAAGAUACAGAGGUGGCUGCUCCCUGGACAGAAGAGACCAUCAAGCAUUGCCUCUACCUCUACCUGGCCCUUCUGCCCCAAAACCACAAACUGAUCCAUGAACUGGCGUCUGUGUACACAGAGGCCAUUGCCGACAUCAAGCGCACCGUCCUCAGAGUUAUUGAGCAGCCAAUCCGUGGGAUGGGCAUGAAUUCCCAGGAGUUGCUCAAACUGGUUAAAAACUGCCCCAAAGGUGCAGAGACCUUGGUGACCCGCUGCCUGCACAGCCUCACAGAUAAAGUUCCUCCGUCUCCAGAGUUAGUGAAGCGGGUUCGAGAUCUGUACAACAAAAGGCUCCCAGAUGUCCGAUUUCUUAUCCCUGUCCUCAACGGCUUGGAAAAGAAAGAGGUGAUCCAGGCCCUCCCAAAGCUUAUCAAGCUGAACCCUAUUGUUGUGAAGGAAGUUUUUAAUCGCCUGCUGGGAACACAACAUGGUGAAGGCAACUCUGCUGUCUCCCCUCUGAAUCCUGGUGAAUUAUUGAUAGCCCUCCACAACAUUGAUUCCACCAAGUGUGACAUGAAGUCUAUCAUCAAGGCCACCAACCUGUGCUUUGCUGAACGCAAUGUGUACACAUCAGAGGUUCUGGCUGUGGUGAUGCAGCAGCUCAUGGAACAAAACCCACUGCCCAUGCUCCUCAUGCGGACAGUUAUCCAGUCGCUGACCAUGUAUCCCCGCCUGGGUGGCUUUGUCAUGAACAUCCUCUCCCGACUCAUCUUGAAGCAGGUAUGGAAGUAUCCCAAGGUCUGGGAGGGCUUCAUUAAGUGUUGCCAACGUACGAAGCCCCAGUCCUUCCAGGUCGUCCUCCAGUUGCCUCCUCAGCAGCUCAGCGCUGUCUUUGAGAAAUGCCCAGAGCUGCGGGAGCCUCUGCUGGCCCACGUCCGCUCCUUCACCCCUCAUCAGCAAGCUCAUGUGCCCAAUUCCACCAUGGCUAUCCUGGAAGCGAGCAAUAAGCAAGACAUCGAAGGGAAGGAACUGCAGACCGCAGAGGAAGUGCGAGGCACUGCCCCACCCAGGAGCAAGGCGAUGAGGAGAGAGAGAGAGGAAGAAAUAGAACCCCAGCCGCUUCUUCCUCGGGUGUCUCAGGACAUGAUUGCCCUCCGCUUAGCACAGGAAAAGGCUCUGAAGCGCCAAUUGGAGGAAGAGCAGAAGCUGAAACAGAAGCAGCAUCAACAACAACAACAACAGCCUCGCCCUUCAGUCCCAUCAGCCCCCCCUCCUGCUGAAGAGUCUCUGGAUUUGGGAGAGGAGGCUCCAGAGCCAGAGACUCCCACCAUCUUCAUCAGCAUGCAGGAGGAAGAUGAGAGCUUUGGUGGGGAGGGCUCUCUGCUGGAUUCUAGCCUGGAGGGACCCUGGCCCAACAAGGAGCUGCCAAGCAAGGAAGGAGGAGCCAGCAGCAGUUCAGAUGAGGGAUCUUCAAGCAAACCACCCACAGCUAACCAACCAUCUCCCUCAGCAGAGGAGCCUGAAAAAGAGAGCCAAGCAGCCGAGGAAAAGUCGCCCAGCCCAAUGGAGGAACAGCCCAAGCCCAGCUCAGAGCAAGAGAAGAAAACUGAGAGCUGAUGAUUCAGGGAAAAGACAACAUGAUGAGCCAAAAGGAAACAUGGAGCAGAAAAGAGAGACUUGUGUGAAGAUGCAGGGAGUAUGGUUGAGCCUGUUAGGAAAGGGGCCAGAAAUGGAAAUGAGAGAGAUUUAGAUUUCUAAAUAAAGAAUAUCAGGAUCUGUA